AUGGGAAUCACUUUUGUCGCUCACGAUCUUCUUACUCACCGUCCUUUACAGAUACCAUGCCAUCUCGCCGAUUCUACUUUAGUGCCCGUCCCCGCCCAGCCAAGUAAUUUCGAAGUUGCAGCUAGCGACGAUCUUCCCGUGACUAUCUACGACCCUAUCGAUGCACAGACUUUGAAAUUGAAAGAUGAUUGCAUCCUUGCAACAUUCUUGGCAGAUCCAAAUUUGUGUUAUCAUUUUCACAACAACUUCGUACAACGGCCAUUUCAGGAUUUUGAGUUGAUGAUGGCCCGAAAUGAUUUUCCAAUUGCAGUAGAGCUCCACAAAUACAAUACUUGA